AACAUGCAAUAGCCUUGGUUCAUGGUUUGUGUCAUGAUUGUGGUACUAACGUUUGAAUCGAGAGGGUUGAUGUUUAGAUCGACCCAUAACCAACAACAUUGUUCUCUUGUUCAACAUUGUUGUAUUUUGCACCGCUUUUAAAAAAAAUAAUCGACGGAAUUGUUGAGUUUGUUCAAGCCGAGACUGAUUCUGUUUAAUGAAUUGAAUGCUACAUCCAAUUUCAGAGCAACAACAUUUUCUGGAUCAUGACGGAAACCGUAAAGGCAAGUCAAGAGGACACACAGAAAGAUUCGACCCAGCAGCCGUCGUCACCCAAGACAAAGUCAAAAGCUGCAAAGCUGUCAACUGAAGGAAAUGAGCGUCCAAAAUCCAAUGACAAGGUCGAAAAACCUCCAACCAAGGUGGUUGUACGUCGCCUUCCACCUACUAUGACGCUGGAAACAUUUUUAGACCAAGUAUCUCCUUUACCACCUGUCGACUACAUGUAUUUUGUGAAAGCUGAUUUGAGCUUAACUCCAAACUCAUUUGCAAGAGCUUAUCUACAUUUUGUUCAUGUAGCAGACCUGCUCAUCUUCACUGAAAAAUUUGACAACUAUGUUUUUGUUGACAGCAAAGGUAAUGAGUAUCCUGCUAUUGUAGAAUAUGCUCCAUUCCAAAGAAUACCAAAGCAGAGAUCUUCAAGGAAGAAAGAUCCUCGUAUAGGAACAAUUGGUAAUGACCCGUACUAUCUCGAAUUUCUUGAAGCCUUGAAAGCAGAGGAGACUCAGAGGAAGUCUGCGUCCAAAACAAAUAAGCAACAUUUCUUUGAAACAUCUAUAACAGGCGCAGUUACACCAAAAGUAACAUCAACUCCCUUGCUGGAGUUUUUAAAAGCAAGACGUGCAGACAAACUGAGGACAAAAGAAGAUAAAAUUGCUGAAAGGAGAAAGAGAGAGGUUGAAAGGCGUAAAGCUCGCGAUGAUGCUCGCAUUACAGUGAAGCAUGGGAAGACUGCAGAGGCAGAUAGUGACAUUGCUGCCCCAACGUCACAAAUAAAGCUUCCCCAACCCUCCAGUGACCGAACCCCAGACUUGGCAGAGAUACAAACUCGCUACCUGCGCUGCAUGAUUGGCCUGGAUACGGAUACCUCAGGCCUAGAAAAGGUGUCUUGCUCUGCAUGUUGCAGUAACAAUUUGCAUGCUCCCCACACAUGUCAGAUCCUGCGUGAAAGGAUGCACCUCUUAUUGCUUCAUAUUAGCAAUGCCAAAAUAAUUCUGGAGCCUAGUUCAGAAGUAAAAGUUUCAAGUGAAACCACUUCUAGCACAGAUUUGCACCAGCCCAUCCAAGCCCAUGAAACCCUCAAGUCUUGCUGCAUGAACAAACUGGUAGCUCCUGGCACACAGAAACCGCUAUUUUCUUCCUCCAGUAUCAGUAGUGAUGACCCUUUAGUCACCUGUCCUACAGUUACUCAAGUUGCCAUUAGCAAAUUCUCUGAUGCUCCCAAUAGCUCAGUUUCUGACUCUUGUGAAAUGGUGAAGAGCACUUCAACUACUUCAUUAAGUAUGAUUGAAGUGAAAUCUACCAGUGGAGGCUCCAGAGGAAGUAGUCUAGCUCAAGAGGGAAGUGGUAGGAGCCACAAAGGUAGGAAAGUAAGUGGGGCUCAGCACAAUCCCCCCAGCAGGGACACCAAAAGCAAAUUUAUUUUGAACCACAAGAGAGGAACCACAGUUCCUAUCAAACCUGACCUGAAACACCCUCUCAACAGUAAUAGCUCAUCUAAAAGUAAUCAAAGCUUUAAACUAUCUUGUUCGAAGAGAGUAAAGAGUAACAAAUCCAAUAUGAAGCUGACUGAGCUGUUUAAAAUGCUGGAGUGUGGCACUUUGCAAGUACAAUGCCCAUCUCCAUCAAACUGCUCCAUGGACCAGAUGACUACUUUGGAGGAGCUGGAAAAGCAACUGAUGUCUCAGCCCAAAAAUGAUUCUAAAGUUGAAACCAAGGAAUGCCAGUCUGAAAACCUCAAUUUUCCCUCUGAAAGACAAAAGUUGCAGCCAUUGCUUUCCAGAUCCAAGACAUCCAUUCAACCUUUUGAUAAUUUUAAGUGUGGCAAGAGAAGUCCUGGAUGUAAAGAAAUUUGCAAUAAGAGGAAUUCAUCUUCCUUUCAAUUGAAUAGACAUUAUUGUUGGCCUGGUGAGCCCAGGAGACUUUGUGUUAUGUGCAAAUCUGGGGCUUCACCUUUAGCUAUAGAUUCCCUUCCUUUUAUUGAAGCAAAGAGAGCAAGAUGUCCAUCUCACUUUCUUCCGUCAAGAUGUGUGAGCCAUUCUGACAUAAGGAUAAAUCCUGUGAAAAAUGGCAAUUUUUCUAAGCGCUUAUUAAAGAACUCUCAAUUUAAAGGAAUAUUAUGUGGGCAUCAAAAGAGUUUCUAUGACAUGAAGAAGUCUUUGCGGGCACCUUUUGCAAAUGAGAAUUGUAAUGUUGGCAGAGAAUGUUCUUUCUUUCAUCCAUUGCACUAUGCAGAAGCUUUUCAUUCGCCUGUUGGAUGGAGCUUAGGAAAUAUCUCUGAACUUAAUCGAAGUCUGAACCUGUAUUCAAUGCCUUACCCAAAUGUACCAAUGGCCCAAGCUAACGUUUGUGAUAAAUAUCAGAGGCAGUCAAAGUAUGAUUAUAAUUACAGAUUGUCACAUAAUUUAUGGGGAUGUGGGUUUAAUGCACUUUGAAGACAACUGUCUUCUAUGAAGACAAUAAAUUUAUCUCCCUCCUUUAUUCUCAUGAAUCUCUUAAUCAACUUGUCAUAUUUCAUCACCUCUUGCAUUACUUGCAUUUUGUUUAUUCUAUAAAUAAAUCCAAGUGUAAUUUUCCUGCA